UUUUUACUCUUCUGAAAGGUCAAAGGUCACUGUGGCUACCUAACUUGUGUGAUUUAGAGUGUUUUGUGUGUGUUCUUUUCACUUGUCUCAGUGCACGCUUCGACUCUCUCUCGAAGGAUGAGCGGCUCAGAGGAUGGCGGUCUUAUUAACCAGGAGGCGGAGCAGAGCUCAGAUGGAGAAGAGGGCAGUGGUUCAAGUUCUGAUGAGUCGGAAGAAGAAGAUACACUAGACACAGGUGACGUUGAGGGUCUGAUCAAUGACACUGUGUCAGAGAAGGAGGGAAGCAGCUCUGACAGUGAUAGUGGGUCAAGCAGCUCUGAGGCAGAUGAGCCAGAGGAGGGAAACAAAAUCAAGAGGAAGAGACCACGGGUUGAUGACAGACUGGAUGCGGAUGAUUAUGCCCUAAUUGCAGAGAACACUGGCCUCAAGAUCAAACCUAAAAAGUUUCGUCGUGUGCACAUGCUGGACAGUGAUGACGAGGGGGAGGGUGGUGAGCCUCCCGGAGGUGGGCAUGUUGAACCAUCACCAGUCACACCCCACACCACAGAUGAUGUCGAUGAUAUCGCUGGAGUGUUUGGUGACAGUGAUGAUGAUGACAUGGCUAGCUCCACCCACAGCGGAGACAAGGACAAGAUCCUGCCUCGGGAUGAAGAACAGGACGAUGAUGACUUCAUUGUGGAUGAUGAUGGCCGUUCUGUGAGACAGAGGAAGGGUGACGGCACUUACGCUGAGCCUUCUCUGCUAGAGGCUCAGGAGAUAUUUGGACUGGACUUUGACCUGUCUGAGUUCAACCAGGUGGCAAGGGACGGGCUGGAAUCAGACGAGGAGAACGAUGAAGACGGUGAAUUUGUUGAGUACGACAGUGACGUGGAUAGCGAGUAUGGGACCACACCCACCUCUAAACGCACCAAGAAGCCCCGUCGUCGCAAGAAAAAGAAGACGACCAUCUACGAUGUAUACGAGCCGAGUGAACUGGAGAGAGGUCACUUCCUGGAGAGGGACACGGAGAUACGGGUCACAGAUAUCCCAGAAAGGUUCCAGACGCGUAACAUCCCGGUACAGAAACCAGAGGACCCGGGAGAGCUGGAGGAUGAGGCAAGAUGGGUCUACGACCAAGCCUUCCUCAACCAACCCAUCUCCAAGCAGCCCUACCAUCAAGUGGAGAAGGUCCGAGCUAGUGGGGGUCGAGGUUCCUAUGGCAACAAGAUGCAAGGGUCGAUGGUGCCGAAGAUCAAAGAAGCUCUCAAUCUGAUAAGAAACCAUUUCUUUGAGAUCCCGUACAUAGCUAAUUAUCGACGUGAGUAUGUUGAACCUGAGCUGGACAUUCAUGACCUCUGGAGGAUAUUUCACUGGGAUGAGAAGUGGAUGCAGCUGAACAGUCGCAAGGCGAGCAUGAGACGAUUGUUUAAGAGAAUGAGAGACUAUCAGUUUGAGAAGAUGAGGGAACAACCGGACAAGGCUUUGACCGAGGACACGCGUCCAAUCACAGAGGAGGAUUUCACCAGACUGGACUGUGUGAUGACACUGGAGGAGCUCACAGACGUACACGCCCACUUUACCCUGUACCACGGCCGGGACCUCAUCUCAAUGCAAAACAGCCAAGUCAGCAAAUCCUCCGUCCAAUCAGAUGAGCCGUCUACUGCUGCUGCUGACAAGGCAAAAAAAGGCGUCCGACAAGCACACAAGAGCGACUUCUACGCAAAGUGUCAGGAAAAUAGUCUCUCGUCUCUAGCUGCUAAAUAUGGGCUAACUUCCGAACAGUUUGGGGAGAAUCUGAGGGAUAAUUAUCAGCGCCACGAGACAGAGCAGCACACCGUGGAGCCAGAGGAGGCUGCCGAGGACUAUGUGGAGCCCAUCGGGUUCUUCUCGACAGUACGGGCAGUGCUCCAGGGGGCGUGUCACAUGGUGGCCAUGCAGAUAGCAUGUGAGCCGAUGGUGAGACAAGCCCUCAGGCAAGUCUACCAGACCAGGGCAGUACUCAACAUCAAACCUACCAAGAGUGGGAAGAAAAUGAUAGAUGAUAAUCACCCUUGUUACCUAUUGAAGUACCUCCGCAACAAGCCGGUGCGUGAGCUCAAGGGGGAGGAGUUUCUCAAGCUGUGUCAGGCUGAGAAUGAUCGACUCCUGGAAAUCAAGAUCACCAUCGAUCUCGAUAUGGGCUCUGACAAGAGGGCAACUGCCUCCCACCAGACCUACUUUGAAGAGAUUCGGCAGCUGUUCUUCAGGGACGAGUACAGUCUACUGGCUGAGAAAUGGAACGCCCAGAGGGCACAAGCCGUGGCCCACGCUCUGCUCAAGGUCCUCUACCCCCUCAUGGAGAAAGAGCUCAGAGCAAAGCUACUCACAGAGGCAAAGGAACAUGUCUUACAGAGCUGUGUACACAAGCUUCGUGUUUGGCUGGAUAAGUCCCCCCUGAGGGUUAAGCAAGAGGAGAGCAGCCACCCUCUAGACGAGGGACCCUUCCCACGAGUCAUCGCCUGCGCUUACUCAACUGAUAAGACGGUGCCGGCUUUCUGCUGCUUCAUGGACAGCAAUGGAGAGGUCAACGACUUCCUUCGAUUGGGCAAUCUUCUCAAGCGUAAAAUGAGCCCUUACGAGAAAGAGAGAGAAGAUAAAGCUAAAGACUUGCGGUCAUUCAAACAGUUCCUCAUCCGCAAGAGGCCGGACUCGAUCGUGGUGGCAGCCGAGUCAAGGGAGUGUCUCAAUAUACAGCAAGACUUCAAGGAUUGCGUGGAGGAGGCGGACAGGGAAGACGAUGUGGGUAUGGUCCCAGUGGAGCUGCUGGACCCUUGUCUGGCCAAGAUAUACUCAAAGACACAGCGUGCUCACGAGUCAUACCCCGACUAUCCUGAGCUGUUGAGAGUGGCUGUAUCCCUCGGACGCAGUGCCCAAGAGCCUCUACAAGAGUUCACCGCUCUCUUUGCUUCCCCCGACAACGAGUACCUCUCCCUACACUUGCAUCCUCUACAGAGCUGUCUGCCUCGCGAUAGACUCAAGAGCUCACUGGAGAUUGAGAUUGUCAACAGAGUGAAUGAUGUGGGGGUCGAUGUGAACUUUGCCAUGGAGCACCCCCACACUGCGUCCAUGCUGCAGUACGUGUGUGGACUCGGACCAAGGAAAGCUCCUGCUCUUAUCAAGAGCUUCUUGGAGAAUGCUAGGAAAGAGAACAUUGAUGCCAGUGCCAUUCAGAAUCGCUCACAACUGGUCAUGCUGUGUUCCAUCGGCCCACAAAUGUUCAUCAACUGUGCAGCAUUCAUCAAAAUAGACACAGCUGCUUUCCACAAUGUUGACAACACUUACAUAGAGGUACUAGACAGUACUCGCAUCCAUCCAGAGACGUAUGAGUGGGCACGCAAGAUGGCUGUCGAUGCACUGGAAUAUGAUGAGACUGGCGAUGACACGAACCCCAGCAGUGCGGUGGAGGACAUUCUCCUCACCCCAGAGAAGCUGGGAGAUCUUGAUCUGGACGCCUUUGCCGAGGAGCUGGAGAGACAGGACUAUGGCAACAAGAAGACCACCCUCUACGAGAUCAGGAAGGAGCUGUACAGUCCCUUCAAUGAGAGAAGAGAACCGUUCAUUUCAAUGAGUCAGGAAGAUAAGUUCGCCCUACUCACGGGGGAAACCCCGGACAGCCUCUACGAGGGAAAACUAGUCACAUGUACUGUCGUGAGCAUUGCUCGUCGUAAGCCACUCAAAGAAGUUCUGGAGAGAGCCAGUCCUAUCCAAGACAAGCACUCACGUCUAUGGCAGUGUCCUAUUUGUAUGGCCCCCAAUUUCCAUGACGUUGGUUUAGUGUGGCAGCAUUUUGACGAUGGUAGUUGUCCCGGACAGAGUUUUGCCGCUCGUACGAGAUUGGAAAACGGGUUGAGUGGGUUUCUCCUGGCUAAGAAUAUCAGCGACAAGAACGUGAGCUCCCCAGAGGAGAGAGUACAUAUUGGCAUGACGAUUCAUUGUCGUAUCUUGAGGGUCAACCUGGACAAGUUCUCAGUUGACCUCACCUGUCGUAGUUCCGACCUAGUGGACAAAGAAGGCAAAUUCAGCCCUCCCAAGGACGUGUACUAUGACCACCAGCAGGCCGAGGCGGACAGACUGAAAGAGGACUCGGCUAAAUCACGCCCCUCAACAAGGAUGGUGAAGCGUGUGAUUGUCCACCCUGCCUUUAAAAACUGCUCAUUUGACGAAGCCGACAAAUUCCUAGUCAAGCAAGAACAAGGAGAGGCCAUAUUCAGACCGAGUAGCAAAGGCCUGGAUCACCUGACUCUCACAUGGAAGGUAGACGAUACUAUCCACCAGCACAUUGACAUACAGGAGGAAGGGAAACCCAACCAGUUCAGUCUGGGGAAACAGCUCAUCAUCGGGAAAGAGGAGUAUGAAGAUCUCGACGAGAUCCUCGCUCGUUUCAUCCAACCAAUGGCCUCGUACGCACGUGACAUCAUCUCACACAAGUGUUACAGGAAGUCAGAUGGAGGCAACAAAGACAUGCUAAAGAAACUCCUCCGAGAGGAAAAGGCGAAAAAUCCCAAACGACAUCCAUACUUUUUCAGUGCCUCGAAAGAAUUGCCUGGAAAGUUUCUACUUGCGUACCAACCUGGUUCCAGACCAAGAUACGAAUACCUUACAGUCACGCCAGACGGAAUUCGAUACCGUUCCAAACUUCACACGACUCUGGAUCUGCUUCUAAACUGGUUCAAGACCCAUUUCCACGAGCCCAUUCCGAGACCGCAACCAGUUAACCCGUCCCCUGCAUUGUCGAUGCACUCCCAUAUCCAGACUCGAAUCACGCCCAUGGACCCGAGCGGCUAUGGGAUGUCUAGUCGAGGGCCCUCAAGUACUCCGUACACACCUACUCAUCUGGCGUACUCCACCACACCUCAGUACGGUCAGCCGACAAACUCUUUUGCACAUCCAGCAGCAGCUGGCGGUGGCGGAGGAGGCUAUCAGCAGCAAUAUAACCGAGACCAAUACCGAGGUUCUAGUGGGUACCCUCCACAGCAACAGCCUCGAGGAGCACCAAAUUGGAACCGUGGCGGCAGUGGUGAUCAAGGAUGGAACGCGUCUCAGAUGGUUGCACGCACUCCGAUGUCGACAGGGGGUGGGCGGACACCAGCGUACACGCCCACACAAACACCUGGAUCCAUAACGAGUAACAUGUACGAGGCCACACCCUCAAUGGAUGGUCGUCACAGGAGGGAUCUGUCUCCAAUGGGGACACCCCUUCUUGACGAGUAAACUAAUUAUUAUUGGCAAUAUUAUAUAAACACUUUAUUUCUGUUAUUUUACAACUGAUGUGCUUACAGUCAUGAAUAUUGAUUUUUGUGUGAUUGAUCAGAGUUACUGAUAACAGUAAACUUUGAACUUUUAUUAUUACAAAAUUCAAAGUA